GGUCUGUGCUCUCGCUCGUGUGCGUGCUUGUGCUGUGCCUUUUUCCUCUCUCACACGCGGCUUCCACGAGAUCCACACCGGCAGACAUGGCGAUUGGCAAGAACAAGCGUCUUACCAAGGGUAAGAAGGGCUCCAAGAAGAAGGUCGUCGACGUCUUCACCAAGAAGGAGUGGUAUGACGUGAAGGCCCCCGCGUACUUCAACAACCGCCAGCUCGGCAAGACGCUCGUCACCCGCUCUGUUGGUACCAAGCUCGCUGCCGACGGUCUUCGCGGCCGUGUGUUCGAGGUUGCCCUCGGUGACCUGAACGGCGAUGACAACACCUUCCGCAAGGUCCGCUUUGUCUGCGAGGACGUGUACGAGCGCGACCUCCUCCUCAACUUCCACGGCAUGGACCUCACCGCCGACAAGAAGCGCAGCCUCGUCAAGAAGUGGCAGACGAUGAUCCAGGCCUUUGUUGAUGUGAAGACGACGGACGGUUACGUUCUCCGUGUGUUCUGCAUUGGUUUCACCAAGAGGCAGAAGCACUCCACCAAGAAGACGGCAUACGCACAAACCUCCCAGAUCAAGGCCAUCCGCCAGAAGAUGCGCGAUGUUGUCCAGAACGAGGCCUCCACCUGCGACCUCAAGCAGCUUGUUGGCCGCCUCAUCACAGAGGAGAUGGGCCGCGAGAUUGAGAAGGCCGUCAAGAGCAUCUACCCCCUGCACAACGUCUUCCUGAAGAAGGUCAAGGUGCUCAAGAAGCCCCGCGCCGACACAGCCAAGCUCUACGAGCUCCACGGCAUCCUCUCCAGCAAGAAGAAGGCCGGCAAGAAGGCCGCCAAGGCCAAGGCCAAGACCGGCUUUGUUGAGCCCAAGCCCCUCACCUCCGUCUGAGUCACGCCCGCUUGCUUCUCUUGUGUGUGUGUCUUGUGCCUGUGUGAGACUCGAAUGGAAGGUGGUGUGAUGAUUGCUACGCCCGUUGUUGGUGUUGUUGCCGUUGUUGUUGGUGUUCGCAGCAGCUGCAGCCAGCAUCAAAAGUGAAUAAACCCAAUCAAUCGG